AUGGCUAGCUUCAAUCACACUAGUGUUAACCACAUAGUCUUCUAUCUGCUGGGCAUUCCAGGCCGAGAAGACCUACACGUGUGGAUUUCCAUCCCCUUCUUCAUCUCCUACGUCUUUGCCCUCCUUGGAAAUGGUCUUCUCAUUGUCAUUAUCCUCAACAAGAGCACCCUCCACGAACCUAUGUAUCUUUUUCUCUGUAUGCUGGCUAGAGUUGACAUUGUCUUUGCCACAACAACAGAACCAAAGGCAUUGGCCAUUUUCUGGUACAAUAGUAGAGAAAUUUCUCUUAAUAGCUGCAUUGCCCAGCUUUACUUCCAGCAUUCCUCCUUCAUUUCUGAGUCAGGCAUCUUGCUGAUUAUGGCAUUUGACCGCUACAUUGCAAUAUGUUACCCACUGAGGUACACCAUGAUACUCUCCCACUCUCUGAUAGGGAAAAUUGGUGUGGCUGCUUUUUUGAGAGCACACUGUACAAUUUUUCCCAUGAUAUUUCUUCUGAAGAGGCUGACUUUUUGCAGAAAUAACAUCCUACCACAUACAUUCUGUGAACACAUUGGCUUAGCCAAAUAUGCCUGUGAUGACAUCCGAAUAAACAUUUGGUAUGGAUUUUUUGUUUUAGUGUCAACGGUGAUCCUAGAUAUUGUCCUCAUUUUUGUUUCCUAUGUUCUGAUUCUCCGUGCUGUCUUCCAUAUCCCUUCCCAAGAUGCUCGUCACAAAGCUCUCAACACAUGUGGCUCCCAUGUCUGCGUCAUCAUCUUAUUUUAUGGGCCUGGGAUCUUCUCAGUUCUUACUCAACGUUUUGGACACCACAUCCCCCUACAUAUCCAUAUCCUGCUGGCUAAUAUCAGCAUGCUUGCUCCACCUAUGCUGAAUCCCAUCAUUUAUGGGGUUAAGACAAAACAGAUACGAGACCAAGUGGUUUAUGUGUUAUCUCUAAAGCAGAAAUGA